AUGGCGCAACUGUACUCUUCCGUGAAACCCACACCAAUGCUCAAAGAUGAGCUAGACAUCGUGAUACCAACCAUCCGAAACCUUGAUUUCCUCGAGAUGUGGCGACCCUUCUUUGAACAAUACCAUCUGAUCAUCGUUCAAGACGGUGAUCCUUCAAGAACCAUCAACAUUCCUAAAGGUUUCGACUACGAGCUCUACAACAGGAACGACAUUAAUCGAAUCUUGGGUCCCAAGUCUUCUUGCAUUUCCUUUAAAGACUCCGCUUGUCGUUGCUUUGGUUACAUGGUCUCCAAGAAGAAAUACAUUUACACCAUUGAUGAUGAUUGCUUUGUUGCAAAGGAUCCGUCCGGAAAAGAGAUCAAUGCGCUUGAGCAGCAUAUCAAGAACCUCUUAACUCCAUCAACACCGCAUUUCUUUAACACACUCUAUGAUCCUUAUGGUGAUGGAGCAGACUUUGUUCGUGGAUACCCUUUUAGUAUGCGUGAAGGUGCUAUAACCGCUGUCUCUCAUGGUCUUUGGCUCAACAUCCCUGACUAUGAUGCUCCUACUCAGCUCGUGAAGCCUCUUGAAAGAAACUCCAGGUAUGUUGAUGCGGUCAUGACCAUUCCCAAAGGAACUCUCUUCCCUAUGUGUGGUAUGAACCUCGCUUUUGAUAGGGAGCUGAUUGGUCCUGCUAUGUAUUUUGGACUUAUGGGUGAUGGGCAGCCAAUUGGACGCUACGACGAUAUGUGGGCUGGUUGGUGUGUCAAGGUGAUAUGUGACCACAUGGGAUGGGGAGUGAAGACGGGUUUGCCUUACAUAUGGCACAGCAAAGCCAGCAACCCGUUUGUGAACCUGAGAAAGGAAUACAAUGGAAUCUUCUGGCAAGAAGAGGCGGUACCUUUCUUUCAAUCUCUUACUCUUCCUAAAGAAUGCACUUCGGUGCAGCAAUGCUACAUGGAGCUGGCUAAGCUGGUGAAAGAGAAAUUGGGGAAGGUGGAUCCUUACUUCACCAAGCUUGCGGAUGGAAUGGUCACUUGGAUUGAGGCUUGGGAGGAGCUUAACUCUCCAGAUGGAACUGAGGCCAAGGCACCAAAGGGAAAAGAUGAGUAAAAGUGAAGGUCACUGAG